AUGGAUUUCAUCAUGGGCUUACCAAGGGCCUUUCAGGUUGAUACAAUUCUGGUGGUUGUGGACCGUUUGACCAAGUAUAGUCAUUUCCUCACCUUGAAGCAUUCGUAUACAGCUAGGGAUGUCGCAAGCUUAUUCAUUAAAGAGAUUGCCCGGUUACAUGGGUUUCCUCAUUCGAUUGUCUCAGAUCGAGAUCGAGUGUUUAUUAGUCAUUUUUUGGGUGAGAUAUUCAAGCAGUCUGGAACACAACUUCGAAUGAGUUCAGCCUAUCACCCUCAAACAGACGGAAAAAUUGGGUUAGUUGCUUAUCUCCUGCAGCUACCCUCCACAGCCUGGAUUCUCGUCUUUCAUGUGUCUCAACUUAAGAAGACUACUUUCCCACCCUCGAAUGUCCAAUCGCUUCCAACUGCCUUGGAUGAGGACUUGAUUUUAGCUAUUGAACCAGAAGUUGUGUUAAAGAAAAGAAAGUUGUUGAAUGGUGAUGACAAUGUUGAGCUGGAACGACUUAAAAUGAAACUUGCUAAUGAUUUUGAAAUCAAGGACUUGGGUACAUUGAAAUAUUUCCUUGGGAUGGAGUUUGCUACGUCUAAGGAAGGAAUAUUUGUUAAUCAACGCAAGUAUGUACUUGACUUACUUGUUGAAACAAGUUUGCUUGGAAGCAAAGCAGCUAAAACACCAAUUGAAACCAACAUGAAACUAUAA